CCCUUUUUUCCCUUCAGUGAUAGUUAAUUUCCCCUUUUUUUUCUUCUCGAAUUUCGCUAAAGUGAUAAUUAAUUUCCCUUUUUUUCCCCCUUAUUGAUAAUGUCAAUAAUGUGUAAUUAAAAUUUAAUAAAUUAAAAAUAACAAUCGAUGUAGAAUUAAUUUAAGUUUUAUCUUACAUAAAUACCACUUAUGUAACUUGAUCUUAUCGAUAAGAGUUUAACAGAUUUUUAUAAAUAUCCACUUAACUUGGCUGAAAUCUUCCAUUUUAAUUUUCUGAUUAACAGAUAGCAUGGAUACAUCUGUUAUAUCUCCAACUAUAGAUGCAGAAAGUCAAAGAUUCAAUAGUGUGUUUCAUGCUAAAGGUUAUUAUCGAAGAAAUUUAGUAUAUCUAAAUGCAGGAGGUCCAGGAACCGAAAUACUUCAGAUGCUGCCAAACAUCAUGAAACAAGCAACUAAUUAUCGAAUGAUGCAAGAAUUAGAAAGCGAUGCACAACUAUUUCAGUAUGGAUUAGAACAAGGAAAUUGGCAAUUCAGGCAUCAGUUGGCUCGAUUUUUAUCAAAAGAAUAUGGAGAAAAUGUAUGUAGUAAACAGCUAUAUCAGACUGGGGGAUCAACAUCAGGAUUAUGGAUGACAGUAAGUUUACUGUUUCGACCGGGAAUGUGUGUGUUUGUGGAAGAUCCCACUUACUACUUGGCACUCGAGCUAUUUCAGGAUUUCAGUAUGAAUAUUAUUCCAGUUCAAACUGAUAAAGAUGGAAUUGUGAUUGAAGAUUUGAGAGAGAAAUUAGAAAUGUAUCUGUCAAAGUCAAAUGGUUAUCAAUCUUCGAGUAAUAUCCAAUCAGAUAUUUCAGAUUCUGAAUGGAAAACUCUACGUACAGAAGAACAUUCCACUGGUCAAAAAGAAUCGGAUAAUCGGACUAAAUGUGUUUUGGAAUCUAAUGGUGAUAGAGAUGAUGUGUUACUAACUCGCAUUCCACAAACAGAUGCACUUCGGUUAUGCAGUCCUCUAAGUCAGUCGCCACCCCUUUUAGGAUCGUGUUUAUCUCAAUCUACCAUUCCUACCUCACAGCUUUCUGGUGGAAGUCCCUACAAAUCGGAUAAGACAAGAAAAAUUAACUGGAGUAAGAAGAAUUUACCACUCUCGGCAUUAAUAUAUCUUAUACCAAGUUACCAUAAUCCCACUGGAAGCACCUUGCAUCCAGAAAGAUGUGAGCAGAUAAUAAAACUAGCCAGAGAAUUCUCUGUCCUGGUCUUUGCCGACGAAGUAUAUCAUCUCUUACAUUAUGAUGAUAAAGACGUUGCACCUAAAAGAUUAUUUUCUUACGAUAAUAUGGACGAUCCCGACUAUCAAGGCAACGUGAUUUCUAGUGGAUCGUUUUCAAAGAUAUUUGGACCGGGACUUAGAUUGGGAUGGUUGGAAGUGCCAGAAUGGUUAGUUUACACCAUGCAGAAAAAAGGAGUGUUUGCUAGCGGAGGUGGAAUUAAUACCUAUACAGCUGGCAUCAUGUGCAGCGUAAUCACUUUGGGCUUAUUAAGUGAACACGUUAAUUCUGUUAGGAAAAUAUAUCAGGCACGAAUGGUCACAGCAAGCACAGUUUUGAAAAAUGAGCUUCCUUCUAGUUGUCAUCUAGUCUCUCCAGCCAAAGGUGGAUACUUUCUAUGGAUAGAACUACCUGCAUCAGUGAAUGCAAUUCAUUUUAAACUAUUUGCAGAGAAAGAAUACAAAUUAAGUUUUAUGUCCGGUGAAAAAUUUAGUAUUGUGAACAACUUCAAGAAUUUUAUAAGGAUUUCCAUUAGUUUUUAUCCAGAAGAUGUACUGCUGGCCGCCAUCAGCGAACUUUGUAUGGCUAUCCGAGAAUUUAUACAGAAAACGAACGAAAAAGAAUCAUUCUGGAAAAAAUACAUGGAAUAAUAUAAAGAGAAAAUUUUGUUUUUGUUGCAUUGUAUAGUAAUUGAAAAUAUUGUGAUAGAACAUCAAAAACAAAUUAUCAUCUUUCACAAACAAAAUGUAACAUUCUGAUGUGUAGUGAUACAUUUUUUGUUUAAAAAUAUUCCCAUCUAAAAAUGCAUUAUCUCAAAAAAAUUAUCAAAUAAUUUUAUGCUGCAAAGUUUUCAAAUUAUCCAAAUCUUCCGAAUUACAGAUUUGUCUGCAUUACCAAACUAGUGUCGUAAACUCUGACAAAGAAGCAAUUCUUAAUUUUUAAAAAAGUAGAAUGCAUUAAAUGCUGUAAUUUGUAUUCUUUGUUUAAAUUGUUAUUGAGGGUUAAGGUUAACUAGCAAUUAUUACUUAAUUUGGGAUGAUCAUUUAUUUUUUAAUGUGGCUAUCAGUUUUAUUACAAUUUACUAUAAUUCUCUUUUAAAACAUUUCAAAAAUUUAAAUAUGUUUGAUGUUUACUUAGCUAAUUGAGAAUUGAACAAGUUAGCACAGUAGUAUGCCAAGAAAGCAGUUUUCCAAAAUAUCGCAAGACAAUCGAAAAACGUAGAGAAAUGUAAAUUUACAUCUUUACUCUUUCAAAAAUUCAACAGUAUUGUAAGUAAAAAUGUUUGUUAAAAAAGAACCUAUAUUAUAUAUAUAUAUAUA